GAUGACAGCAUCCUUACUCAUUCCGGUGAUAGCCUUCAAAUAAACUAUUACAACUCAUGGUCAUCUCAUCUUAUAGGGGCUAGAUUCGUGAUUUUCUGUGGAAAUUGUCUUCGAUAAAUCCUAACCAUUGAUGUCUCUUUAGCAAGCAUAUUUGAUUGGUGGAACAGCAUGCUCAAGUCGAAAAACUGUUCGAUUGCAGUAUUUCUUGAAGUUUGUAAGUAUAUUUUGAUUUAUUUGCCAACAAUUUGUCAGAGUAUUACUUUUAUUGCUUAAGGCUGUGAUUUCUUGAAUCAGAUUAACUUUUUGGUCUGUUAUUGACGUUGAACAAGCAUCAAUAGUGCUGGACACCAAUUUUUAGACUAGUAUACUAGAUUAAAUUAUCCAUUUGUUGCUGACCUGUUCUGACCAGAUCUUGAUUUGAAAGCAUUGGUAGGUUGUGAGUUGAGAGGGUACCCUCUGAGUCAUAUUCGGAUUUGCAGUAAACCUUAUUUAUUUAUUGCAGUAGACCUGUUUAUCUAAUGCCGCAGAUUAUGUUAACUUUUCAUGUAAGACAUAAGGUUCAAAAUGGUACUUAUAAUGGUUCCAAGAAUUAGGAGCAUGGGCGGGCAUACAAUGUGAUGGAUAAUCGCCUUCUCAAAGAGCUGGUUCUUAUAUGUUGGUAAACAAGGCUCAGCCUUCCACCUCUCCUUUCUCCUAGCUUUCUACUUGAGAGAGGAGGUGAGCAUCUAUAGUGAUUUCUCAGUUACCUUUCAAGCAUUGUUCCUUCUCCUUUUCUUCUUCGCUUUUUUGUGUACGGAUUUAUUUUUGUAUGAAUAUUCAUGCAACAAGGGUGACUUCUAAAAAUUGUUCUUCUCUUCUUUGCAUGCCAUCUUCUCUAGCAAUAGGCGAGACAUAUGUGGAAGGUCUGCUACAUUGCUGGCACCUGAGCUGCAUUCAUUGUAAGUUGGAGAGGUCAUCACCAUCGGAGAAGAGGCGCGGGGAUCUUCUCCUCUUUUUUGUGUGCAUGUAUAUUAAUGAGAUGAUGGGCAAGUUGUGAAAUUACUCUUCUUCUCUUCUUUGCGUGUCAGCUUCUCUAGCAAUAGGCGAGGAACUUCUGGAAGUGGUGAAUUUGAGCCUCUUCUUCCUUUUCCUUUUUUGCCUUUCAAUUUCUUGUUUUUUGAAGAUUAUAUUUUUGUAAGACUUCUUUAAUUACAUAACUGUAAUUAAAUUUCUUUUGAUGUGUUUUUUCGGUUGUUCCUGAAGAAUUCAUAGGAUUUGGAGGCUCAUGAUAGUUUCAAGAUAAAGAUGGUAUCGAUAAAGGGGCUUGAUUCGUGAUUUUCUGUGGAAGCUGUCCUCGAUAAAUCCUAACCAUUGAUGUCUCUUUAGCAAGCAUAUCUGAUUGGUGGAACAGCGUGCUCAGGUCGAAAAAUUUUCUGAUCGCAUUAUUUCUUGAAGUAUAUAAGUAUAUUUUGAUUUAUUUGCCAACAAUUUGUCAUAGUAUUACUUUUAUUGCUUUAGGCUGUGAUUUCUUGAAUCAAAUUAGCUUUUUGGUCUAUUAUUGACGUUCAACAAGCAUCAAUAGUCUUGGACACCAAUUUUUGGACUGGUAUACUAGAUUAAAUUAUCCAUGUGUUGCUGACCUGUUCUGGCCAGAUCUUGAUUUGAAAGCAUUGGUAGCUUGCGGGUUGGGAGGGAACCCUCUUGGUUCACGUAUCCAAAAGCUCCAAAAAAAUUUGGAACCGGUACAGGCCGAUACGGUUAGCCGGUUCGGGCCGGUACGGGUUUUUAACACCGAACCAGACCGUUCGGAGCCAGUAUCGGUUCGGUACGGGCUGAACCGGCCGGUACAGCAUUCCUUGCUUUUUUGUUUGUAUGGAUGCAUUUUUGCAGGAAUAUUGAUGCAACAAGGGUUGACUUCUAAAUUUGUUCUCUUCUUUGCAUGCCACCUUCUCUGGCAAUAGGCGAGGCAUUUUUGGAAGGUCUACUACACUGCUGACAACCAAUCUGCAUUCAUUGUAAGUUGGAGAGGUCAUCACCCGAGGAGAGGAGGAGCGGGGAUCUUCUCCUCUUUUUUGUGUGUAUGUAUGUAUAUUGAUGAGAUGAUGGGUGACUUGUAAAAUUGCUCUUUUCUUCUUUGCGUGUCAGCUUCUCUAGCAAUUGGCGGGGAACAUCUGGAAGUGGCGAAUUUGAGCCUCUUUUUCCUUUUCCCAUUUUGCCUUCUAAUUUCUUGUUUUUUGAAGAUUAUAUUUUUUUAAGGCAUCUUUAAUUACAAAACUGUAAUUAAAUUUCUUCUGAUGUGUUUUUUCUGCUGUUCCUGAAGAAUUCAUAUGAUUUGGAGGCUGAUGAUAGUUUCGAGAUAAAGAUGGUAUCAAUAAAGCGCGCGCGCGUCUCAUGCCAGUGUUGGUCAGACUUAUUAUGGAUGGUCACAGGAGGAGUUAUCUGAUCGAGAUGAUUCUCAAGAAGCUUCGGUCUCGCAAAUGCUUGAUCAUGGUUCUAUAUCCUUUGGAAGAUUUGCAGCUGAGUCAUUGUCAUGGGAGAAAAGGUCAGUGUUUACUCACGACAGACGCCAGGAGGAACUGGACAAGUUUAGUGGCUUAGUUGCCGAAAAGAAAGCAUACUUUGAAGAAUACUACAGAAGGCUUCGAGCUUUAAAGGCCUUGGAACAGAACCAGCAAACUGAGCUCACAUUGGAUUAUGGUGGUGAUGGUAGUAAUUCUAGCCAAACUGGAGAAGAUGAUGAAACAGCUCUGCAGCAUGGAAGUCUUAGAGAUGGGGCAGCAGAAACUAUUGAUGCCCCUUCUACAGAAACUGAAAAUGAACUAAACUUCAAGCAGGAUACGAAGUGCAGUCAAGCUCUUCAAACUAGACCGCUGUAUCCAGGAUCCACAACAUCAAAUAUAGACUCGCUGAGAAGAAGCAUGGAAAAAAUUGAGCCAGAGAAAAACUUUAACCAUGCUGUGAUGCAAGACCUGGACAGAGAAUCCUUGUCGUCAUUAAGUAGAAGCAUAGAAGAGAUUGAACAGAAUGAUAUCAGUAGUGUUGAUGACAAAGAGAUUCUGAGGGAACAGGAGAGUCCAGGGUCUAAUGUUGAAUCUGGGCCUCCUACCAACAGGUCUGUGUCAGACGUGACAAAUUCUAGAACCGGAGUCUCACAGCAUGCACCUGGUCACAACUUGAUACCAUACAAAACCAAACUGGCUGUUGAGAAACCUCCAGACUGUAAAUCAGUUCCUGAAGUGAAGAAGGCAAGAGACACCACGAUGGCAAUGACUUGUCUGAAGAUGCAAAGCCUCAGGUGUUCCCAUUAAAAGGAAUCAAUCAUCAGAUAGCUGCAAUCAUGCAUAAUGCAGUGUGUCAGCAGCUGCCUGCUGUGUGCGGUUAACUAGUUAUAAUACCUGUUUUCUCUCCUAGUUAAAAUGGCUGCUGCUGUCAAGUGGUACAUAUCUGUAGUCUGUGUAACUUGCUGUAUCAUAUAUGCCAUAAAAGGCUGUAAUUUAGAUCUUGUAUUGCUUUGGAGCGUUGA